CCGCUAGCGGGUGUCAGUCCCAGUGCGAGAGCGGUGGCGAGGCUGGCAGCCGCAGGUGGGGCCGCUCACAGCGAGGGACCUAACCCAGAAGCCCUGGAGCCCCGAGGGGAGCGCCCAGGAUGCCCCGUGGGGACUCGGAGCAGGUGCGCUACUGCGCCCGCCUCUCCUACCUCUGGCUCAAGUUCUUGCUGGUUUUCUACUCCACGGUGUUCUGGCUGAUUGGGGCCGUGGUCCUGUCCGUGGGGAUCUAUGCAGAGGUUGAGCGGCAGAAAUACAAAACCCUCGAAAGUGCCUUCCUGGCUCCAGCCAUCAUCCUAAUCCUCUUGGGGGUAAUCAUGUUCAUCGUCUCCUUCAUUGGAGUGCUGGCUUCCCUCCGAGACAACCUGAGCCUUCUCCAAGCGUUUAUGUACAUCCUUGGGCUUUGCCUCAUAAUCGAGCUCAUUGGUGGAGUGUUGGCCUUGAUCUUCCGGAACCAGACCAUCGACUUUCUAAAUGACAACAUUAGAAGAGGAAUCAAGAACUACUAUGAUGAUCUGGACUUCAAAAACAUUAUGGACUUUGUUCAGCAGGAGUUUAAGUGCUGUGGCGGGGAAGACUACAGAGACUGGAGCAAAAACCAGUACCAUGACUGCAACGCCCCUGGCCCGCUGGCCUGCGGGGUGCCCUACACCUGCUGCUUCCGGAACACGACAGAAGUCGUCAACACCAUGUGUGGCUACAGAACUAUUGACAAAGAGCGUCUCAGUGUGCAGGACAUCAUCUACGUGCGGGGCUGCACCAACGCCGUGCUCAUCUGGUUCACGGACAACUACACCAUCAUGGCGGGCCUCCUGCUGGGCAUCCUGCUCCCCCAGUUCCUGGGGGUGCUGCUGACAUUCCUGUACAUCACCAGGGUGGAGGACAUCAUCACGGAGCACUCUGUGACUGACGGGCUCCUGGGGCCCGGCGCCAAGCCCAGUGUGGAGGCAGCGGGCACAGGGUGCUGCAUGUGUUACCCCAGUUAGGGCCACCUGGGGCCGCUCCUGCCGGGUCGGGCCAGCACAGACCCUCAGGCCGCGUCAUGGGCCUGGGUGGGACUGUGCGCCGCUCCCCACGCCGCACUUAGCAAAGCUGUGGUGACCUGCUCCGGCCUCCGUGGCCCAGGCUGCUCCGGGGGCUCUGGGAUCCUGUGCCUGCCCACGCUGCCGGCGCGGGAGCAAGGGUUCCUUCUCCAGGGCGGGGCCGCCGGGAGUGGGGAGCUCAGUGCCCCGCUCAUGCCCAUUUCACUUCUGGCUGUGCCUUGGCCUGUGGUGGUCAUGCCCCUUUAAGGGCAGUUUUGAAGUCAUUUGUAAGCAGGGAGGGAGGAAAGUUUGUGUGCCUUAUGAUGGAGGCGGGGAGAGGUGCAGCCCUGGGGCCCCCCCAGUUCCUCAGCCAUGCCCCAAAGGCCAUUCAUCAGCUUCCCAGCUGCCUUGAGAACUCCCCAAGGGCUGCUGCUUUGCUGACUCUUGUUUUUUACGUGAUUUUUAUAGUCAUUUUGUAUGCAGUUAUCAGGAGUUUCUGACUAAUCAAAGCUGGGUGUUUCCCCAUGGCCCACUGUUGCCCCUCCAAGCAAGUUUAUUAAACAAUAAAGAUAUGAUUUUUUGUUUGGUC